AUGGCUAUCAAUGAUGACCGGCCUCCCUUGGGCUUCAUAUCUAUUGAUAUCACUUUACACAGGCCGUCGGAGGAUCCUUUCAAUACAAAUACCUGGCCAUUUCCCUUAAUCCGAGAGAAAGUCGAUGGCUCAUCCGAGACGCAAGUAGUGUGUUCAGGGCCAUACGAUGACAUCUUUAUUAAUAAAUUUGUUGAGGCCGGCGAGAGGUUUGUGAAGCGCGGAGCUGUGGGUAUCAUCACCAGUUGUGGUUUCCUAGCAAUGGCGCAGCCAGAGUGCGUUCACCAUUUCUCAAAUAAUGUCUGUCUAAUGCACUAA